AUGGCAUCGCUGCGAGGCAUCCAGCAGCCUGAGCUGAGCAAGGAUCUGUAUAAGAUGAUCAAGACGGAGAGCCAUGCCAUCAGCUCCUACAAGAACGCAGGCCGUGACCGUGUCGAGGUGGCUUCUCAACUGGCAAACUGGGGGUUCAACACCGGAGAUCCAGCGGUCUCCGAGAUAUCAGACAAGCUAGGCAUCAUCCUGUCUGAAAUCGGAGAGCAGGAGGACUUGUUCUCGUAUAACCUGGAGGACGCAAGGCUCGUCCUGAAGCAUAUCCGGAACACAGAGGGUUCCGUUCAGCCUGCCAGAGACCACAAGGCGAAGAUUAUUGACGAGAUCCAGAAGAAUAAGCUGCGUGACCCAGACGGUGCGAAGGUCACCAGCCUUGAGCAGGAACUUGUCCGCGCCGAAGCUCGAGCAUUGGUUGCGGAAGCCCAGUUAACAAACAUGACCCGUCAAAAGUUCAAGGAAGCCUUCGACCUGCACCUUGCAGCCACCAUCGAGCGGGCUGAGAAGCAAGUGCAGCUUGCUCGCCACGGCCGCCGCCUGCUCUCUCUUAUCGACGAUACUCCUGUAGUCCCUGGAGAAAGUCGAGACAAAUUCGACCGGACCGAGGAGAGUCGCCAGAUAAUGGAGGAUGCCGAAGCAGACCUCGCAUCGUGGGAGCCUGAUCUUGAACCAAUCCCCAUGGCUUCUGAGGGUCUCAUCCCCAAGAAGAUCCAGACCCAGGCAAAUGGCAAUGGCGUUAACGGGGAUUCAGCAAAGGACGAGAUGGAGGUUUAG